GACCGCGUUGGGGCGAGCCCCUCACUUCAUCCGGCGACUAGCACCGCGCCCGGCAGCCGCCAGCCCAGGACUCCCGCGCCAUGGCCUCCGUCUCCGAGCUCGCCGGCAUCUACUCGGCCCUCAUCCUGCGCGAUGACGAGGUGACCAUCACGGAGGACAAGAUCAACGCCCUCAUUAAAGCCGCCAGCGUCAACGUGGAGCCCUUCUGGCCCGGCCUGUUCGCCAAGGCCCUGGCCUACGUCAACAUCGGGAGCCUCAUCUGUAAUGUGGGGGCUGGUGGAGGACCUGCACCCUCCACCGCUGCUGCCCCAGCUGAGGAGAAGAACGUGGAAGCCAAGGAAGAAGAGGCUGGAGAAUCCGAUGAUGGCGUGGGCUUUGGUCGUUUUGACUAA